UAAAGAUUCUACUUUUUUUAAUUAUUCAAAAUUGAAAUUUCAUGGAUGUAUUUCAUUUGCAUAAGCUUAAAAAUUAUCAGAAUAUAAUAAACUAGGUUUAAGGGAUUGCUGUCCUAAGUACUAAUUUUUAAUAGGAAACAUGUUGCUCUUCUGCGAUAUAAAUUACCGACAUUUGAUCUUUGCAGUUAACCUCUCAAUCUGUGGAAUGAUUUCUGGUCAAAAAUAGUACAAAUAAAUCUUAAACAACUAAUUAAUUGAAAAAAUACGUUUUAUCAAUCUGUAAUAAAGGACGAACAAUGAUUAUCCCAGUACGUUGCUUUACAUGUGGGAAAGUAAUCGGAAACAAAUGGGAAGCCUACUUGGGUCUUUUGCAAGCAGAAUAUACAGAAGGAGAUGCUCUAGACGCUUUGGGGCUCAAAAGAUAUUGCUGCCGCAGAAUGCUUUUGGGCCAUGUAGACCUGAUUGAAAAAUUGCUCAAUUAUGCACCAUUAGAAAAAUGAGUUGAAUGUUUUCCAUAUCUGUUGUUCAUUUUCUAGGUAUUUUUGAUUUUUUUCAAUUAUUUAUGUCGACUUCAACAAUUUUUAAACCUGUUUGCUGUACAUGUCAGUUAAUUUUACCAAUGCUGGUAAAGUGAAUAUUCUUAAAAGUAUUGCAUAUUUAAUUCUUGAAAAAAAAAACUACCAUUUAUGACUGUAAGUAAAAAUAUUUUAAUUUGUUAUAAUACCAUUCUUUUGAUAUAUUAAUGUAGUAUAGUUAAUUUAAAAAGCGAGUCACGGUUGAUUUUGAAUUCUUAAUUUAGCAAUUUCUGUUCCAAUCUGCCGAGACUCGCCAAGCAUAAGAGAAAGAUAAUAUAGCAGCCUAUCAAAGCA